AUGAGUGCAUCAAAGUUCUCUGACGCCGCAUUCUCGCGCGAAGCUCAGAGAUCUGACUUUGAUUUGAUUAUUCGCCAGCAGCCCGACCGGGCGCGUGUGGCUGGAGGCAAGGAGAAAGAGCGUAAACCUAUCGAUCCACCUCCAAUCGUUCAGCUCCGGGUGCGCGAUGAGAGAUCUUAUCUUGCGCAACAUUAUCUGCAAAGCCCCUUCUAUUUCAUGUGUUGCAGCUUGUAUAGUGCUCAAGAGAAUCAUCCAGUACCGGUAGUGCUGCCGACCCCCUUGGCUGGAACACUAGUCUCGUCUCUUCACCCGUUGAAAGAUGUUAACAACAGUGAUGGAGGAUUUUUCGUCUUUGGAGAUCUGUCAGUGAAGAUGGCGGGUGAAUUUCGAUUGAUGUUCACCUUAUUCGAGAUGCGAAGAUAUUCAAUCACCUAUCUCAAGACCACUAUGUCAGACUGUUUUACAGUAUCACCCGUCAAGAGCUUCCCAGGCAUGAUGGAAUCCACAUUUCUCUCCCGGUCAUUUGCCGAUCAAGGAGUCAAGUUGCGCAUUCGUAAGGGACCUCGGACCAUGAUGAAACGUCCUCUCCCGGAUUCUUUCCCGCAGGUACCUUCUCCUCGAUCUCUGGAUAGCCAGUACGUCCGGAUUCCUCCUGCGGUGGCAAUAUUUGGAGAUUAUCCUGCGGCUAGUCAGGAAUAUGCCUAUUACGGACCGCCUGUAAGUCGCACGCAGACCUCUAUCGACUACGACCGACAGAGCCUCUAUCCGGACCUCGAAGGUCGUAUGGCUCGUCCUAUGGAGACACACACCCAACAGCCCGCGAUCUAUGGACAGCUCAAUACGUACCAGAACCCGGUAAUGCAGUACUCAACAGGACAGGUGGUGCCGGAUUACGGGGUGCCUUACAGUCUCCUACCAUCAAAUGAAAUAUCCCAACUGCCUGACCUAGGAGACCAAGCUCGAUCUAGUCAAUAA